CCUUUCGCCUCCUCCUUCUCUCUCUCUUUUAACCUACAAAGAGAAAGAUAAAAACCGAAUCGAACAACCAAAAAAAAAAAAAAACUCUCCGAUCUGAGAUAAUCACAAAAUGGCCGUUUCAUCGCGCGACGAGUACGUAUACAUGGCGAAGCUCUCGGAGCAGGCCGAGAGGUACGAGGAGAUGGUCGAGUUCAUGGAGAAACUCUCCGCCGCCGCGGACGGCACCGAGCUCACCGUGGAGGAGCGCAACCUCCUCUCCGUCGCGUACAAGAACGUGAUCGGCGCUCGGCGCGCCUCGUGGCGGAUCAUCUCCUCGAUCGAGCAGAAGGAGGAGAGCCGCGGCAACGAGGACCGCGUCAAGACGAUCCGCGACUACAAGGCGAAGAUCGAGACGGAGCUCGCGGGGAUCUGCGACGGGAUCCUGAAGCUGCUCGACUCCACGCUCGUCCCUUCCGCCGCCUCCGAGGACUCCAAGGUGUUCUACCUCAAGAUGAAAGGUGAUUACUAUAGGUACUUGGCUGAGUUCAAGAUCGGUAAGGAGAGGGAUGAUGCGGCUGAUAACACCUUAUCGGCUUACGAAUCUGCUCAGGACAAUGCGAAGGGGCUUGCUCCAACUCACCCGAUCCGUCUUGGCUUGGCGUUGAACUUCUCUGUGUUCUAUUACGAGAUCCUCAAUUCUCCUGAUCGUGCUUGCAACCUCGCCAAAACGGCUUUUGAUGCUGCGAUUGCUGAGUUAGACACACUAGGUGAAGAGUCGUACAAGGAUAGCACUUUGAUCAUGCAGCUUCUCCGUGACAACCUCACUCUCUGGACAUCCGACAUGCAGGAUGAAACUGCAGAUGAGAUAAAGGAAGCAGCAAAGCCAUCAGAAGAGCAGAAAUGAUGAAUCUUCUUCGUCAAUUCUGUGUGUCUAUUCAAGAGAGAUGUCACUCUCUUUUCUUUUCCUAUGUUGAAGUUAACACUCUUCUAUCUCCUUUUUUUUCUUUUGCCCUUUUGGAUUGAGCAGAAUUAAAUUGAUCUUGCUCCGUUUCAAAUCAUGGAAGGUUUUUUCAUGUGAUUUGCGAAAUAAAUAACAAUUUAAUUUCAAGCAGAAUCAAACGAUGUUUAUCAAACCUUCUGUUUGUAAAAGAAAAUUAGACUUGA